AUGGAAUCGUUUUUCCUUUCUGAAACCGUGAAGUAUUUGUAUCUCUUAUUCGAUGUAAAUAACGCAGUGAAUCGUAAUGAAGAGCGUAUCAUGUUUACAACUGAAGGUCAUAUAAUACCCAUCGACAAACGUAUAAGAGAUCCAGUUUAUGAUGCACCUCAGUAUUUUUCUCCCAAUCAUUCAUGCAUCGCUUUUAAACUUGAUCGACAUCGACCGCCAUUGGAUCAGUCUCGUCUUGCUCAAGUAUUCCGUUUAGCUGGCAUCGGUUUAGGGUUUUCAGGGUGA